AGUAGCCGGAGCAGAAGCUGACAGGAGUAGUGUCUGCACGGCCCAAAAGGGCGUGCGGGGCCGGUCCCGCGGAGCCUCCGCGCGAUCGCCGGCCCCAGCCCGGGAGCUCUCCCCCAGCGUUCGCGCUCCCCUUUUUUGUCUUCCAUAGCUCGCUCGGGAGGUUGAUCCUGAGCUUUCUCACUUUUCAAGCCAUCUUGUUCCUACGAGGUCUGCGUCCCUGGGCCGUACAAUCUGCACGGGCCCGGGCAGCUGAGAAAUUGCAGGCGACAAGGCCAGUGCUGAAAAAUGCCUCGGCUGCGGCCCCACCGCGCGCCCGGGCCUCCGUAGGCCGAGGGACCCAGCCCCGAGCCCGGGGUCGGCGAGCGGAGCUGUCGUUUAUGGAGCUUUGGGCGGGGGCUGAGCCCUCGGUGUUGGCCCCCCGCCCGCAGCCCAGGCCAUGCCACCGCCUCGGCGCGCCCAGCCGCGGCCGCCGGGCCUCCGGGGCUGAGCCGGGAGCCGCGCGAGGAGGAGGCGCCGGCGGCGGAGCCCGCUCGGGAGCCGCGGCGGCGGGCAGCGCGGCGGACCCAGUACUAUGGCUGUGUACUGCUAUGCACUCAACAGCCUGGUGAUCAUGAAUAGCGCCGAGCAGGUGAAGAGCGGCGGCCCCCGGCCUAGCAGCAGCGAGACGCCCCCGCCGCCGGGCAGGGCCGUGCUGAGCCCCGGCAGCGUUUUCAGCCCCGGGAGAGGCGCCUCUUUCCUCUUCCCCCCCGCCGAGUCGUUGUCGCCCGAGGAGCCCGGGAGCCCCGGGGGCUGGCGGAGCGGCCGGCGGAGGUUGAGCGGCGGCAGCGGCGGCGGCAGCGGCGGCGGCAGCGGCAGCAGCGUGGGCAGCCCGAGUUGGCCGGGCCGCCCGGGAGGGGACGGGCAGCAGGUGGUGACCGCCGGUUCCCUCUCCCCUCCGGGGCCGGAGGAGGCCCAGAGGAAGCUGCGAAUCCUGCAGCGCGAGUUGCAGAAUGUGCAGGUGAACCAGAAAGUGGGCAUGUUCGAGGCGCACAUCCAGGCGCAGAGCUCCGCCGUCCAAGCGCCCCGCAGCCCGCGUCUGGGCAGGGCUCGCUCGCCCUCCCCCUGCCCCCUCCGCAGCAGCAGUCAGCCCCCAGGGAGAGCCCUGGCUCAGAGCGAGGAACGGAGGACAAAGUCGUGGGGGGAGCAAUGUCCAGAGACUGCAGAGGCCGGCUUUUCGGCCCGGAGAGGAAGGGCGCCGGGCCUGUGCCUCUCUGAGGGCGACGAGGGGGUGGCACAUUUCCCCCGCCCGGCCGCCCCGUCAGGACCAGGGGCUCAGGGUGCAGCGGUUUCUGCAAGAAUGGAGAAGGGGACCCCGGCCAGACCCCACUGUGGCUCACCCAGAGCUAUGGAAGUUGACAAGAGAGUCUCUCCGCCUUCAGGGACGCGCAGCGGCCAAGCUCCCCCGUCCGGGCUGGCCAGCGUGAACUUAGGGAUGGCCACAGAGGGGACAGCGAGAGCCACAUCCAGUGGGCCACACCAUCCGCAAGACGCUGGCUUCAUUGAGCGGCCUGAGCGGGCCAACGAGCUCGGGGGUCUGCACCCUGGGGAAUCCCUGGUGCAGAGUCAGGGGCAGUCUCUGGGCAGUCAGACAAGCCCAGCCCCGGAGAGGGGCAGGCCCCGCAGCGGAGAGCCCCCUGGGAAGGUGGGGAAAGGAGGUCCUCCCCGUGGCGCUCAGGGCCCUGGGGCGCCUGAAGCCGGAAGGCCAGAGGACAGGACUGUGAACGCGCAAAGCUCGAGGCUUUCUGAGGCCCCGAGCCGGUUCAGGCCACCCCACGACCUGGGCUGUGUAGGCCCUGAGGUGACCCAGGGUGGGGCCCCAGUGAUCAGGGAGUCUCCACAGCACUGCAGGGGAGUGGAUGAAGGGUCUCCAACGGCGUGGGGCUUGCUUGGGGGCAACCGCUCUGCACAGCCAGGGACCCAGGAGGUGGACGCAGGAAUUCCCUCUGGCCGAAUGCUGGAGCUUUUGCCCUCCUGGGAAGCCGCGAAAGAUUUGAAAGAACCUCCGUGCCUUCCUGGGGACAGGCUGGGGGUGCAGCCUGGGAGCUCCGGGCCUUGGCUGGGCCCCAUGGAGGCAGCCCAGCUGGCUUGGACGUGUGGCACAGGGGUGCAGUCGGAGGGUGCUUGGGGAAGCCCCCAGCAGGACAGAGCUACCCACCCCAGCCCGGAGCUGCUCUCCCCAGAUGGGAAGGACAAGCCUUCCCGGAGAGAGGCCUGCAGCCCCAGCAGUAUACCCGCGGUGAUCAUCACAGACAUGGGUGCCCAGGAGGAUGGGACCUUGGAGGAGGUACAGGGAAGCCCCCGGGGUAGCCUGCCCUUGAGGAAACUGUCAUCUUCAUCUGCCUCCUCCACGGGCUUCUCCUCCUCCUAUGAAGACUCAGAGGAAGACAUCUCCAGUGACCCUGAGCGCUGCCUGGACCCCAACUCUGCCUUCCUGCAUACCCUGGACCAGCAGAAGCCCAGAGUGGUAAGGGGGGCCACGAGGAAGGUCAGGAGCUCAUCCAAGGGCGGUCAGCAAGGAGGGGACGGAAUCAGGUCCACCUGCCUCGCCUCACCUCACCGUCAGGCUGCCCUGCUCCAAGCUUCCCAGCCCAGCCUCCAGAGCUGGCCUCACCUGCUCACCCUCAGCCCCUGCUGGACCCAGCUGUUCCAGGACCCAGGCCGAGGCUCUGUUCCAGGGGCCUGCGACAGUCUUCUCCCCCAGAGCAAAUCAUGGAGGAAAAUAAAAAACAUGGUUCACUGGUCUCCCUUUGUCAUGUCCUUCAAGAAGAAGUAUCCCUGGAUCCAGCUGGCAGGACAUGCAGGGAGCUUCAAGGCGGCGGCCAACGGCAGGAUCCUGAAGAAGCACUGUGAGUCUGAGCAGCGCUGCCUGGACCGGCUGAUGGCCGACGUGCUGAAGCCCUUUGUGCCCGCCUACCACGGGGACGUGGUCAAGGACGGGGAGCGCUACAACCAGAUGGACGACCUGCUGGCCGCCUUUGACUCUCCCUGUGUGAUGGACUGCAAGAUGGGCGUCAGGACCUACCUGGAGGAGGAGCUCACCAAGGCCCGGAAGAAACCCAGCCUCCGCAAGGACAUGUACCAGAAGAUGAUCGAGGUGGACCCUGACGCCCCGACCGAGGAGGAGAAGGCCCAGCGGGCUGUGACCAAGCCUCGGUACAUGCAGUGGAGGGAGACCAUCAGCUCCACCGCCACCCUUGGGUUCAGGAUCGAGGGCAUCAAGAAAGAAGACGGCUCCGUGAACCGGGACUUCAAGAAGACCAAAACGAGGGAGCAGGUCACCGAGGCCUUCAGAGAGUUCACUAAGGGGAACCGCAACAUCCUGAUCGCCUACCGGGACCGACUGAAGGACAUUCGUGCCACCCUAGAAGUUUCUCCCUUCUUCAAAUGUCAUGAGGUCAUUGGCAGCUCGCUCCUCUUCAUCCAUGACCAGAAGGAGCAGGCCAAGGUGUGGAUGAUCGACUUCGGAAAAACCACGCCCCUGCCCGAGGGCCAGACCCUGCAGCACAACGUGCCUUGGCAGGAGGGGAACCGGGAGGACGGCUACCUCUCGGGCCUGAACAACCUCAUCGACAUCCUGACAGAAAUGUGCCAGGGCGCCCCGCUCGCCUGAGGCCCCCCUGCGCCCGCCUCGCCACACCCUCCCUUCCUCCCCCUCUGCUUCCUUUCUCCUCCUUCCCUUUCCCUUCACGUCUGCAGGGGUGCAAGCCCCAGAACUGACCCUCCUGAACUGCACUACAAGACACUUUGUAGAGACAAGAUGGAGAUUUCCAAGAGCAGAGGGGAAAUUUUCUGGUGACUUUUUCCUCAUGAAGGGCUUGAAGCUGGGGUCUCCACUUCUGUCUACGCGUAGGAUCUCCGAGCAGAAGAGGAAUGCCCAGACCCGGCCUCAGCGGCCUAUAGGGCAGCUCCGUUGGGUUUGGGUCUGGAAGCAGGCUCAGGUGGCUGCGGGGUGGGUCCCUAACCCAGCCCCAGCCUCCACUCGGACUUCCUGUGGGGGCCUGCUGCCCCCUGGUGGCCAGUGCGGUCAGUGCCGCUGCCCAGCUCAGCACACAGGCUGGGGGGCCACGGUGAGGGGCGCUGUAAGAACCCGGGCUUCAGCAAGUGCCUGGCUGCAGGCUUGUGGUAGUUGGGGUACCAAGCCACUGGGAACUGCAUGUCGGCCUUUAGCAGCCCAGGGGCGCCCCCAGACGGUGGUGGCUUGCUAACGCAGGGCUCCCACCCAUCUGGUAUUGAAAACCUCCAGCUUUGGGCCCGACCUGGGAGUUCGGAGAUGCUGGCUGUGCUCUCGGACCUAGGCCUUCGCGGGAGGGGGCAGCCAGGAGUUGGGCUCUUCCUUCUGAUGCUCCCCCUCUGAAUUCAGAAGACACUGCACACCUGAGCUUUCAGGGAUGUCCCUCCAACCCCCCGGAGCCAUUUGUGCCUCCAGCCCCCCGCCUUGCACUGCUGAGGUCGGGGGGCACCGGGUGGGGCGGGCCGGGCACAGCCAGCCCUGGAGAAAGAAGGCCGAACCUACAGAGCACCGAUCCCAUAUGUCCCCUCACCCCCCCACCACCCCCACCUCCCUGGGCUUCUGUCAUGAAGUCAGGUCCCCAGAAGGUUUGGGGCGGGCUUCAGGGCAGCGCUGGGCAGGGAAGAAGCGGGUUUCUGGCUUACUGGCUUCGUCUCCCCCCUAAAGCAAUUCUUAGUGCCUGAAGGGUUUAGACCCACAUUUCCCAAAUGUGGUGUGGGCAGCUCCCAGGAUAGGUGGUGGGUGCCAGGGACGGGGAGGGGGUGCCCCAGGCAUCUCUCCCUGGAGUCUCCAGGUUGCCUGAAGACAGCUGGGGAAGCCAUUAAGCCGUGUUUUCAUUUUCAAGCAAAUUACGUCUCUGUUAUGGAGAACAACGUAAAAUUGGCCAGACUUUUAAGAACAAAGCGCUCAGCUCUCUGGCCAUGUGAAGCUGUGUCCCCCAGGUGCCCUCCUUUGCCCGUGCAGGUACGGGGCAGGGGGGGCCAGAAUUGAGCUCUGGCCAGGCAGCAGGUGCUGGGAGCUGUUUCAGGGAUACGGUGGAGAUGUGUGCACCCAGGGUUGUGCGCCUGGAGGGAUCAGUCCAAAGGUUUCUUGGGCUGCCCCCCCUUGCCGCCCCAGGGCCUCUGGGGGACCUCUGACCUCCCCACGCGACACCAGCGUUUCCCCUUUCGGGCUGGGUGAGUGACAGUUGGUGGGGGUGGAGGGUGGGACACACGAGGAUGUUUAAGUACAGAUUUUUUUAAAAAGGAAAUCACUUUUAAACUUCCUGGCUCUUGUUCAAAACAGUGGUGAACUCCCAGGGGGGGUUUGCUAAAGGUCACGCCCCCGCCCGGCUGAGCAAGAGGCCUCGUGACAGCAUGUGACCUCUGAAGGCAGGAGCACCAAAGCCAGCUCUGGGUCUCCUUCCGGAGCUGGAGUGACUUGUGGCUCAGAAGAGGCCUGAGGGAGGGACUUAAAUUCUGACAUUGGGAUUCGAGAUUCCAGCACUGUGGGCCCUCCCUCUACCAAGAAAGUUUGCUAAAGCAAAUGAUUGCUCCAGACAAAAAGUGCAGGUGACCAGCUUGAUCUACUUAAGAGAACAAAAUUUUCAAGCACUUUAAACAGGCACCGAUUGUUCGCAAACGGGCUGAAGUGCAAGUGAUGUGUUUAUCAGAGGAGGUCCGUGCUGCCUCUCAUUGCCAAUAGGUUGCUUUGGGUCUCGUUCUAUCCGUGAAAGUGGUAUGAAGCGGCAUCUUCGUAGGGUUAUUCUCUUCCUUAGGGGUUGGGGUUCUGUAUUUACUCGCUAACUGUUCUCCCCCAUUCCCUGCCGCCUCCCUGUCCCAGAGGGGUAGAUGGAUCCCAAGUGGAAUUUCUCAGAACCCUUCCCCGCCCAGCCCCAGUCCCCACAGGGAUGCCUUGGGUCCUGGCCGUGCAGGAGCCGGGGACGGUGAGCCAAGCCGCGUGUGCACAGGUGCACGGACAGUCUUCCUGCCUGGUCCUUGCCGGGCCCCCGGGGGGUUCUCGGUGAGCAGCAUGCUUCACGUAUUCGAGGGUUUCUCUUGCCUUUAGUGUCGUGUGAGAAGUUUUUAAGUUAUAUUUAUUUUUUCCGGUUUUUUAAUUGCACAAAACACUAAGACUGGGAGGCUGGAUUCUGUUUGUCCUUUAAAGCUGUGCCUUCUUUCUGAACUUUUCCCCCUUGGGGGAAAGAGCCCGGACACAGCACUGCCCCCCCCCCAGAUGGACUCUUUCCCCUGUUCGCUGUAUCUAGCUUUGAGUUUGCCUGCAUCCAGCCCACACCCCGCCCCUGUGUGUAUAUAACCCAGGCCACCAGCCUGGGAAGAGGCGGGGGGUUCACACCCCCCCCAGUCAGUGCCUUUCUUCCUCUCCAAAGGGUUCUCUUUCGUUCUUCACCCCUUUCUCUGCGACACCUUGUAGUAAACAACUGUUACAAACCACCCCCACCCCCUGCACAAUGCCUGUCAAACAGACCGCGCCGCUCUGUACCUUCUGAAUAAAGGCCCGAAAGACCACA